UCACGUGGGUCUCAUAAAGGAAAACACACGGAAGUCUGACGAACUCCAGCAUCUCAGACAAACAUGUGGAUUUUGUCAAACAUUAUUCCCGUUCUAAAGCUUUAUUUUGUCGGCCUGAAGGUUUUGCUUUACCAGCUCUUCCACAAAGGGUUUACGUUACCAGUUUUGCCCAAACAGAAUGGCAAGGUUGCUAUAGUGACGGGCGGCGCCAGAGGACUGGGCUAUGAGACGGUCAGACAGCUGACGGAUUUGGGAGUUCAUGUCAUAAUAGCCUCACGUAAUGAAACGGAGGGUCUGGCUGCUGUGAAGAAGAUUUGUGAGAAGAACAGUGAAGCUCAGGUGGAUUUCGAGUUUCUGGACGUGGCGUCUUUGAGGUCGGUGCGAUGCUUCGUCCGGAGGUUUAAGGAGCGACGGCUUCCGCUGCAUGUGCUCAUCAACAGUGGUGCGUCCCGUCAUCUGUCUGCUGUUAUGCUGGUUCCUGAAGGCCGAACCGAAGACGAAUUUGAGACACAUUUCGCCACCAACUAUCUAGGACACUUUCUGCUGACCCGCCUUCUGCUAGACAGUCUGGUGCAUUCUGGGAAGGAUGGCUCAUGCUCGAGGGUCGUCAGCAUCUCGUCCUCCGCACACUACGCCGCUGACGCCCGUCUGCAGGAUCUCCUCAGCAUGCGGUGUUCCAGCGCUCACGCGGCGUACGCCCGCAGCAAACUGGCCCAAGUUCUGUUCACGUAUCGUCUGCAUCACGUGCUGCGGUGCGGCGGCUCGCCGGUGACGGCCACCGCGCUCGACCCGGGUCUGGUGGACACAGGACUGUACGAACGGCUCUGCCGCCCCGCCAGACUCGCUCAGAGAGCCGUCGCUCGCCUCUGCUUCAAGACUCCAGCUGAAGGUGCGGCUGCUGUCGUCUUCGCUGCCGUUUCUCCGGAUCUUGAAGGAGUUGGUGGAUGUUACUUGUAUGAAGGUCAGCGCAUCCGCUCCUCAGCAGCGUCUUACGAUGAAGAUCUGCAGGCUGGACUCUGGAGAAACACCUGUGAUCUUCUGGACCUCCAGGACUCACUGUUUGAUUAACGGAGUAACUGGACAAACAUCAGAGGAGCUGACGGAGGACGUGGAUCAGCUGCAUCACAAAUGAACGACUGACAAUCUCACACCGGAGAACUGUGACUGAUGGAGGAAUCUCUGAAGAGUCGUGCGGUCUGGUUGUUGUUCUGAAGGGCUCGGCGCUGUUGAAGGAUCACUGUGAACGUCCAUGUCGCUUGAGCUUCCAGAUGGUAAAAAAAAAAAAAAGCUCCUUUCCACCGAAAACUCCUGCAAAUCUGCUCAGUUCUGAUCUGUAAGUGCUGCUGUACUUCAUUCUCUUCACACAAAACUCUGCUGCGUUUGUUUGACACCCAAUUCACCAAUAACAAUGAUUCAUCAGUGCACGUUAUUUUGAGUAAAUAAUGUUUGUCUUUGUAAUUGUUAAAAUAUAGGAACUCACAUCUCCAGCUAACAGGAAACGUUCUAUUAAUGUUUUUAUAGGUUGUGUAAAUGUAAGGACAAAUGUGCUUAAAAUAAUGUUUGUGGAACAUUUUAAUAAUGUUAUUAAUAUACAUUCUCAUAAUGUUAAAAGGAAAUGUCCUUAGAACGAUGUUCUCUGAAUCUCCUUAUGACGUUAUUUGUUUGUUCUCAGAACUUCAUGUUCAAUAACAUUCAUCAGUAUUAACUAGGGAUGCAUGAUAUUAUCAAACCGAUAUCAGAAUCAGCUGAUAAUGGCUUGAAGUGUAAAUGAAAUAAUUGUGUAUAUAUACUGAUUUAUUCAUUAAUGUGUAAUAUGUUACAUUUUUUAAACAAAUUAUGAGCUUUAAAAAAAAUUCUGAUCUUUUUCUUUAGACCAUCUACAAAUGUUAAAUCUCAAUUUUUUUUUUUUUUUUUUUUUUUUUUUUUGCAAAGUGCAAAUAAAAUGCAGUGCAACAUGCAAAAAACUAACCAAAAUUAAAAAUUAUUUACUUAGAAUUUCCACACAGGAGAGACUAGGUGUUGUUUCCAAACAAAAGGAAAUAUAUCGGUAUCGGCUAUCAAAAAAAAUCAGUAAAAAAAAAAAAAUCAGUAUAUUGGAUAUUGGCAAAAA